CUCCGUGGUGUAUGAGGCCGCGUUCCCCUCCGAGAGAGCCGGCCCUGCAGGGCAGACCGCCGAAGCUGCACCCCCGGGGCGUGCGAGAGAUGCAGCGGCUCACCACAAACACCCUUCGCCCUCGCUCACGGUGGGGAGCCCCGGCCACCCCGCCGAGGCAGAGCAGCUCCUCCUGCCCGCAGAACACACACCAGGGAGGCAGAGCCCUGACCCAGAGGCAGCGCCAAACACCCCUCACGCCCGGGCACGACAAAGCAGCACAAGCCAGCUGGUCCGGCCCGCCCAGCCCCGACUCGGCCCUCGCCGCCCUCCCUCAGGCCGCGGCCCGGCCUCCUCCCCGGCCGGCGGACCCACCGCACAGGAGAGGCCGCGGCCUCGCAGCGCGGUCCCUAGCGCGGCCUCUCUUGUCGGCCGGAGCCUCGCAAGACGGCUGGGAAGCCGAAGGCAAGCCAGGGAGCACAGCCACCCGUCCAGACUAGCUAAGGCUGGCCAAACGCACCUGGACUCAUCACCCAUGGCACGAAGGGCCUUGAAACUUGCUUCGUUGACAGCAGCCACUUCUGGCAUCUAUCUGUAUGGCAACAAGUUCCUGGAUCCCAAUGAUUUUGGAAUUGUUCGUGUGGGCCGAGCCGUUGCCACAACGGCAGUUAUCGCCUACGACUACCUCACCUCCCUUCGGAGCGUCCCAUAUGGAUCAGAGGAGUAUGAGUUCGUCAAAUCACAGGUGCACCUGCGCUCUGCUGAACGCCUCCGGAAGCUGUGCUGCGCCAACCGAGGCACCUUCAUCAAGGUGGGACAGCACCUGGGAGCGCUGGACUACCUGCUGCCUGAGGAGUACACCCGCACCCUCAAAGUGCUGCACAGCCAGGCCCCGCAGAGCACCAGGCAGGAGAUUGAGCAAGUUAUCCGUGAGGACCUGGGCAAAGAGAUAAAAGAGCUGUUCAUGAGUUUUGAGGACACUCCCCUGGGAGCAGCAUCACUAGCCCAGGUGCACAAGGCGGUGCUGCAGGAUGGGAGAACGGUGGCAGUGAAAAUCCAGCACCCAAAGGUCCAAGCUCAGAGCUCCAAGGACAUUUUGCUCAUGGAGGUUCUCCUCUUGGUUGUGAAGCAGAUCUUUCCAGAUUUUGAGUUCAUGUGGCUGGUGGAAGAAGCUAAGAAGAAUCUGCCCUUGGAGCUGGAUUUCCUCAAUGAGGGCAGAAAUGCUGAGAAGGUUGCUCAUAUGCUCAAGAACUUUGACUUCCUGAAGGUCCCCAGGAUCUACUGGGAACUCUCAACAAGGCGUGUCCUUCUCAUGGAGUUUAUGGAAGGGGGACAGGUGAACGACAAGGCCUACAUGGAGAAGAAUGGCAUCAAUGUCAAUGAGAUCUCUCGCAACCUGGGGAAGCUCUACAGUGAAAUGAUCUUUGUGAAUGGCUUUGUGCACUGUGACCCUCACCCAGGCAACGUGCUAGUGAAGAAAUGCCCGGCCUCUGGCAAGGCCCACAUUAUCCUCCUGGACCAUGGGCUCUACCAGGUGCUGAGCGAUUCAUUCCGUAUGGACUACUGCCGCCUUUGGCAGGCCCUCAUCAAGGCUGAUAUGAAGAGGGUGCAGAAGUACAGCCGGCGGCUCGGGGCAGGGGAUUUGUACCCUCUCUUCGCCUGCAUGCUGACCGCCAGAUCCUGGGAGUCUGUCAACAGGGGCAUCGACCGAUCGCCAGUCUCAGCCAGAGAGGAUGUGGAGAUCCGGUCCAACGCUGCUGCUUACCUGCCACAGAUCACCCAGCUCCUCAACAACGUCCCCCGCCAGAUGCUGCUGCUGCUGAAGACCAAUGACUUGUUAAGGGGGAUUGAGUCAGCCCUGCACACGCGGGCCAGUGCCAGCUCCUUCCUCAACAUGUCUCGCUGCUGCAUCAGAGCCGUUUCCACGUACCAGAGGAGCAAGAGUCACUCACUUUACAGGAGGGCCCAGAUCUCUCUCGCAGAAGCCCUGAGCCUGUGGCAGAUCAACUUGUAUGAACUCUUCCUGUGGCUGAAAGGGUCCCAGCUGGGGAACUGGGUCAUUGCUCUCCUGAGUCGGAUGCACCAUUCCACGUACUGACGUGAGCUGGUGGGAGAUGCCCGGGUGCUCACUCCCUUCUGCUCUCCACGGCACAUUUCCCUUUUUGACUGUUUCUACCUAUUCUGUGGACUAUUUUUGGGUCUUGUUCCACGUUACAUGCUGCACUGUCCUUGCCUGUUACAGCAUUAGCUUUUUCUGUGGCGCUGAGAAGUGGAGUCAGUACUGUAGCUCUGCUGUUUCAUGGUUUAGCAAAAGGAGGUGCAGGAUACUGUGUGUCAGGAAGGGCUGGGUAUGUACUUUCCACUCAGAUUCCAGUGGGACUGCGCUGGAAGCAGAAGCCUCUACUUGGCUCUUUCUUAAACAAUCUUGCAGAAUUUAAGAGAAUCCCAACCCACCUGGAAUUUCUCAGAGCCUCAGAGAGGGGUGGUGAGUCCCUUUCAAAUCCAAAAGGGUUUGUAAUAGUUUUUGCAAUCUCCUUAGUCUGAGUUCUGUUCAGGUGUGCAGGUUGUUUCUCAGAGGAGAGCUGGCACUAGGGCAUCCUCUCCCUGAACCAGGGAAAUGUGACCCUAAUGGUGAGAGCCGUGAACUUGGGGUCUGGCUUUCUGUGGUUCAUCUCCAGUCCUGUCAGCAAGUGUCUCUAUGUGUCCGGACUUUUCCUGGCCUGUUUCCUUGCACGUGAAAUGGGAGAAGGGAACAGUGGUCCUGCCUCUUUUCUGAAAUUCAGGGAAGGCAGAAAGAAUGACAACUCAGGGUUCUGAAACUGCUGGUAAUGUAUGUGUACUGUACAAUAGUGCCACACAGCAAAAUAAAUGUGUCAGAGACCUUUGGGGGAGGGA